UCUGGCUCCUCCCUCAAAGCCUAGUCCAAUUCUUGUUUGACAACAACACCGUGAUCAACCGCUGCUGUUGACUCAUCAUCGAUUGUUCUUCUCGGAAAAAAACAUAGCUGUUUUAACUGAUCACAGGCUGGAUAUCGGUCCCCGUUCUCUUCAAAAAAACACGUCGCGGCCAACAUGGUGGUCGGUGGUUGUCCGGUAAUCCUGUGGCUGGCCCUGGCCGCCCUGCUGGGCUCGGUGAUCGGACUUGGUGAAGAUCUGGACCGGCCUCUGUUCGGGCCACCUGGAUCUGCUAUCCGCCUGCAUGAAUCCGACCAGGGCCUGAAGAAGGCUCUAGAGUUCGCUGAAGAUCGUUACAACCGGGGCUCAAACGCCAUGCACCUCCGCAAAGUCAGCCGGUUCAUAUCUGCAACUAAACAGCUGGUUAAGGGCAUCCGCUACACAAUAACAGUGGAAGUGAGCAACACUCAGUGUAAGAAAUCCUCCAUGCUCAAGACAUGUGACUUUUAUCGUGAGUCACAGAAACUCAAGACAGAACUGUGUGUGUUUGAAGUAUGGGACAUUCCCUGGCAGGACACUUCGACUCUGCUGAAACAGAAGUGCCAGCCUAUAGUUGAACCUCAAAUAGAAGAGACCAAUAAGGUGGAGGAUCAAUCCAACAGUCAGCCUCUGGAGGAGUCUGUGGCGCUAUUGGGGCAGUUUAAAGAGUUUUUGGUUAAAUACAACAAGGUUUACAGUAGCCAGGAAGAGGCAGAACGUCGCUUGCGCAUUUUCCAUGAAAACCUGAAGACUGCUGAGAAGCUCCAGUCUUUGGAUCAAGGCUCGGCUGAGUAUGGAGUCACCAAGUUCAGCGACUUAACUGAGGAAGAGUUUCGCUCUACAUACCUGAACCCACUACUGAGCCAAUGGACUCUCCAUCGGCCAAUGAAACCAGCCGCUCCUGCCCGAAGUCCUGCUCCUGCCAGUUGGGAUUGGCGUGAUCAUGGAGCUGUCAGUCCUGUUAAGAACCAGGGUAUGUGUGGAUCCUGCUGGGCAUUUUCUGUCACAGGCAACAUUGAAGGCCAGUGGUUCUUAAAAAAUGGAUCACUACUGUCACUGUCUGAACAAGAGCUGGUUGACUGUGAUGGUUUGGACCAGGCGUGCAGAGGAGGGCUGCCAUCAAAUGCUUAUGAAGCCAUUGAGAAGCUGGGUGGUCUGGAGCAAGAGACAGACUACUCCUACACUGGGCACAAGCAGAACUGCAACUUUGCUACAAAGAAAGUGGCUGCUUAUAUCAACAGUUCUGUAGAGCUGUCCAAAGAUGAGAAGGAAAUCACAGCUUGGCUCGCUGAGAAUGGACCAAUCUCUGUUGCACUGAAUGCUUUUGCAAUGCAGUUCUACAGGAAGGGUGUGUCUCACCCCUUGAGAAUCUUCUGCAACCCCUGGAUGAUUGACCACGCUGUGCUGUUGGUGGGAUAUGGAGAACGUAAAGGCACCCCGUUCUGGGCCAUCAAAAACAGCUGGGGGGAGGAUUAUGGAGAGCAGGGUUACUACUACCUGUACAGAGGGUCCAAUGCAUGUGGGAUCAACAGGAUGUGCUCCUCUGCUGUAGUCAAUUAAACCACUAACCACAUAUUAUUACAACAUUCAUACAAACAUACAGUACAUGUAGGCUAGAUUCACAUUAGCAAUCACAUUGUGAACGAACCUGUCCUGUGAAACGACCCACAUGUGCACCCGGACACUGCUUAAUUUCCAAUGGUUCCCUUCAGUGUGGCGUGGAUUACUCCAUUGUCCCAAAUGUUAGCUAAAACUCAGGUUUAUACCUCUAUCCACUGACUGCUGUCACAACUUUCCUCUAUUGUUGUGUUGCCAGUGCUGUUUAAUAGCAACAUAACACUGGAAGCAAAAAGCUGCACUGAUUCCAACAUGACCAUUUGUGUCCCUUGGCCACAUAUCAGAUUGUAUAUAUCUGAUCUAGGAACACGUAUUAAUGUGACACAAAUCUAACUGAAGAAUCUGAAUCGAUGACUGGAUUUCUGUGUCACAUCAGUGAAGUAAGUCGAUUAUGAGUCACUUUAGCUUGGUAAAGUGAAUUUGGUCAUAAAGAUCUGCUGUAACUAGUUUUCCGUUAAACCAGACUUGUGUUCCAACUUCACACCUUCCACUAAAAACAUACCACCUCAAUUAAAGCUAGCUUGGCUGAGAAACAUGAAUUGUGAUUUUAAGUACAAUAGGGUUUUGUGCAUUUAAUUCCGUUAGACCUGCUGGUCAUUGUGAUUGCUGUGUUUCAGACAUGUUCAUUUUUUAAUCUCAUCUCUCCUUACAGUAAAGGAGCCCAUGUUCAAUAAGGUGUGUGGCUUGCACUAGUUAUUGCUUGACUACUGUGUUGUUAGUCUGCUUGGAUGUUGUGUUGCCAUUGUUUCUGCUGAUAUUGUGAAGUACUGGAGAGGUGUUUUAAAAGUUUUGGUGAGAAAUGAAUGAAGAUUGAAUAAAAA